AUGGACAAAGGAAAUUCGACGACAAGUCCUGCUAGUGGAACGUAUUUCUCGUCAACUACAAAUGGAUCCAAAAACUCAAUAACACCAUCAUGUUCUUCAUCUCCUACUAGUGAACCAGUAGCAGCCAUCACCACCAGUAGUACUACUGUGUUGCCUUGUCGGGUUCGUCGUAUCCUUCAAAAUUUCCUUCUCAUCUGGCUCGAUGCCAAUAUUGACGAAUCAAAACAAGAUUUUAAAAAUUCAUUAACAUAUCUACGCCAUAUUGUGGCAUCCGUGACGACAUUUACUGAUGCUCAAGAGUGUGUCAAUUUUCUUAGUGAAAUUAAAAAAGAAAAAGUAUUUAUGAUUGUCUCUGGUUCAUUAGGGCAACAUGUCGUACCGAGAAUUCAUGGGUGGUCACAGUUGGAUUCUAUUUAUGUUUUUUGUGGGAAUAAAUCACUCCAUGAAGAGUGGUCCAAAACAAUGUCAAAGGUAAAAGGUGUUCACACUGAUAUCGAUCCAAUUUGUAAAGAAUUACAAAUCGAUCGUGAACGAUGUGAUCGAUCGUUGAUCUCGAUUAGUUUUCAUCGCAUAGAUGCCUUGUUUAUGUAUACACAAUUGUUUAAAGAAGUUCUUUUGGAAAUCGAUGAUGACGAUACGAAAUCCAUCAAAGAACUCGUUGAAUAUUGUCGUCUUCAGGAUGACAUUGUUGAAGACGAAAUUAAAAAGUUAGAAGGAGAAUAUCGUCGCCAUACACCCAUUUGGUGGUAUACUGCACCAUAUUUUAUUCAUUCGAUGCUCAAUCGAGGCUUGCGGGUACUUGACGUUGACAUUAUUCUUAAAAUGGUUUUUUUAUUCGACACCUACACCAACAUAUCGAACAAUUACAUCGCGAACAACACCAAUCCGCAGUGGCAAUGA